UCUCGUUCAUAUUCGAGCUUAAGCCUCAACCCUUGUUUCUUCCAAAACCCUCCGAAUGGGAAAAUUCAUUAAGAAGCCCAAAACGGCAUCGGAAGUUGUUGUAAUGGAACUCUCCCAGUACCCCCUCGGGGUACGGACCCGAUCCAAAACACUCGCCCUUCGACGCCAGAACAAGACUUCCGCUUCUCCGGCUAAUGGAGCCGGCUCGUAUCUCCAGCUGCGAAGUCGACGGUUAGAGAAGCCGCCGUUUGUGGUGCGCCACCAUGAUUCGAAGAAACGCCAGCAGCAACAGAAACAGGGAGGUAAGAAGGCUAGUUGUGGACAAAAUCUUAACCCUAAUUCAGAUUCUAGGGCUCGGGCGAGUUGCGGAUCAAACUCAGUUCUGGAAAAGAAAACGGGUGAGAGAAGUGGAAGAGAAGACUUGGUGCAAGAAGAUAAUGGAAAUGAUAAUAUUGUUAACUACGCUAAUAUUAGUGAUAAAGCUUCUUUUGGAGAAAACAUUUUGGACAUUGAAGCCAAAGAGAGGGGCACUAAGGAAUCAACUCCUUGCAGCUUGAUAAGGGACCCAACAGAGAGUAUAAGAACCCCGGGUUUGGGUUCCACUACUAGGCCUACCAACUCGGCAGAUACUAGGCAGAGAGUACGGAACUCAACACGGCCACACAUCCCGACAUCACAUGAAAUGGACGAGUUCUUUGCUCCCACAGAAGUAGACCAGCGAAGACAAUUCAUUGAGAAGUACAACUUCGAUCCUGCGAAGGAUAAGCCUCUUCCUGGACGUUAUCAAUGGGAGAAAGUGGAUCCCUAGACACCAUUAGUUUUCCAGCAGGACUCGUAUUUCCUGACAAUACAUCAGUUGUGAUGGUGACGGUGUUAGUUCCCUUUUCCAUCACCCUUAGUUUUUACUUGUAAAGAAAGAAGUAGGACUGUUAAAAGAUGUGUCGACUAACAAUCUGUAACAUAACAAUGGUAACAAGUUACACA